AAGCUCACAGUUGUAAUCCUGGCACAUCCCAUUAGCGCUCAACAAGGAAAGUAAUGGAAAGAUGUGCGUUUUGAGAAGAACUUUGCCGGGACAGACUCAAUGUCAUAAAGCCGGAUUCACUUGGGAAGUUACUUUCUAGGCAGCAGGGAUGAUUGGGUUUUACAGUGGUAAAUAUAAAGAUGUUUAACAGUUUAAUUUAAGAGGCAGGGUCCUGAUGGGCUGCACAAUGAGUCUGGCCUAUCCGGUGGAUGAACCAUGUAGUACUCCACUUGAUCCAUACCCUCUGCCACAAGACAACAGUGAAAUCAUGUUAGAGCCUGAGGGAUUAGCUUCAAGUUCCCACACUUUCAAGACCAAGACCUUCAAGAAACCUAAAACGUGUGUUACCUGCAAACAGGUCAUCACCAAAGAGGGUGUUUCAUGUAGAGUUUGCAGAUUUUCUUGUCACAAGAAAUGCGAAUCAAAGGUGGUGACUCCGUGCUUGCCCCUGGUCAACUAUGAACUGGCUCCUGGCACCUUUUCAAAGACUUCAUCUUUCAGUUACGAUAAAUUGUCUCAAAGUGUGGACUUGGAUCACAUUAUGGAAGAAGGAUAUGAAUUGGACCUCACCUAUAUCACAGAACGCAUUAUUGCAGUUUCAUUCCCUUCUGCCUGCACUGAAGAGACAUACCUUCACAACUUGCAGGAUGUAACACGGAUGCUUAAGUCAAAACAUGCCGACAACUAUUUGGUAUUUAACCUUUCAGAAAAAAGAUAUGAUCUUUCCAAACUUAACCCCAAGAUUAUGGAUGUUGGCUGGCCUGACCUUCAUGCCCCACCACUUGAUAAAAUGUGCACCAUUUGCAAAGCCAUGGAAAAUUGGCUUAACAACGAUCCCCAGCAUGUGGUUGUAAUUCACUGCAGAGGUGGCAAAGGAAGAAUUGGAGUUGUGAUUUCUUCUUACAUGCAUUUCACCAAUAUCUCUGCAAGUGCGGAUCAAGCAUUGGAUCGGUUUGCAAUGAGGAAGUUUUACGAUGAUAAAGUUUCAGCAUUAAUGCAACCCUCACAAAAAAGAUAUGUACAGUUUCUAAGUGGCCUACUGUCAGGCUCCAUGAAAAUGAACACUUCUCCCCUUUUCCUGCACUUUGUCAUCCUUCAUGGAAUACCAAGUUUUGAUAGUGGAGGAGUAUGUCGACCAUUUUUGAAAAUCUACCAGGCUAUGCAGCCAGUGCACACUUCUGGAAUCUAUAAUGUUGGACCAGAGAACCAGAGCAGGAUAUGCAUUGCCAUAGAACCAGCUCAGCUGCUGAAGGGUGAUAUAAUGGUUAAAUGUUACCACAAAAAAUUUCGAUCUGCCACCCGUGAUGUGGUUUUCCGACUACAGUUCCACACAGGGGCAGUGCAAGGUUUUGGCCUAGUAUUUGGAAAAGAAGAUCUCGAUAAUGCUAACACAGAUGACCGAUUUCCAGAAUAUGGAAAAAUUGAAUUGGUAUUUUCUGGUAGUCCAGAGAAAAUACAAGGCUUGGAGCAUUUGCAGAAUGACCAUGGUGUGACAGUUGACUACAACACAGCAGACCCACUGAUUCGCUGGGACUCUUAUGAAAAUAUUAGUGCUGAUGGAGAAGUACCCCAUACACAAGGACCUGUAGAUGGCAGCCUGUAUGCUAAAGUGAGAAAAAAGAGCUCAUCUGACUGUGGAAUGCCAGUAGUAAUCCAUGGAGUUCCAGUGAUAAGUAGCACUGAUCAUAAUGACCACACCUUGUCGGUGAGCAGUGAUUCUGGCCAUUCCACAGCCUCAAUACGGACAGACCGAACUUUUGGAACCAAACAAGGGCUUAGUCAGCAGGAGAAAGCAGAAUUGGAUCGUUUAUUGAGUGGAUUUGGACUAGAACACCCAGCUCCCUCUAACGAGAUGUCAGAGGGAAAACAGCUGGGAGGAGUGCAGCACGUUGUACCAGCCCAGGUGCAUGUCAAUGGGGAAGCAAAACAAAGAGAAAGGGAGACAGAUAUUUUGGACGAUGAAAUGCCUAAUCAUGAUCUGCAUAGUGUUGACAGUAUAGGGACACUGUCAUCAUCUGAAGGCCAGCAUUCAAACCACCUUAGUCACUUUGGCUUCCAUAAGAGUAGUCAGAACUCCUUGCUCUCUGAUGGCUUUGGUAGUAAUACAGGAGAUGAUCAGCCUAUUCCCAUCGCUCCAGAUUUGGGCAUCAGUGUGGAUGUUUAUGAAAGAAACUACACUGAUAACAAACAAACUUAUUUACCCCAAAGAAAUGCAAAUGUUUCCAUGAACCCACCUAAUAAGCCUCAUGUAUUUGGACAGAUUGGCUAUUCUACACAAACAUGGGUCCGUCAGCAGCAGAUGGUGGCUGCCCAGCAGUAUACAUACUCGCCCACUGAAAAUGAUGUAAGAUUCUCUCCGGAAAACAAGCAAAAUAAAAAUGAAGUACAGAUUAAACUUCCUGAUGCCCCUACAAGGAGUAACAGCAGCAGGGAUGCAGUACAGAGAGCUUUAGUUGUUGGGUCGAUUCCUGUUCCCAGCACCACCUCUUCAGACUCCAAUGGCUUGGAAAUUUCUGGAAAGGAAGAGGAUUUGCCUUCGUCUCCUACAAUGGACAUUGACCAGUCUAUUGAACAACUGAACCAGCUGAUAAUGGACCUUGACCCAACAUUUGUCCCCAUUCCAACCCGAGUAAAUUCUAUAAAGAAAGCAGGAAUGAGUCAAGUCAACAGACCGACAUUGUUUAAAGACAUUGAAGUUUCUGGUACCAAUGGUGUGAAUGCCCCAGUUCAAGAGGACAGAUCAACAGUUCUUCAAAAUGUCAACCAAACAGCUGUGCGACACAGUGAUGUAAUGAUGUCCAGGACAAGAAAACUAAGCAUUGGAAAGUAUGAUAACGAAAGCACUGGACACUCAAUGUUUGGAAGACCUGAAUGGGUGAAAAGUGAUAAAUCUGAUAAUAUGCAAUUUUAUGGUUUAGAAUUGCAAACAGCAGAGCUAAGUAUGCAAAGGUAUGAGGAUGGUAAUGAUGAAAUUGAUGGCAGAAUCAUGUCUCCCAUUUUAACUGGGAAUGAAAUGGUCCCUCCGACACCUGCCUUUCCUGUAUCACCUCCAACACCCUAUGUGAAGGGCUCUCCUGAUUUUUCUGAACUGAGACAAAAUGAAAAGUUCGUUGGAAACCAUUCUGAAAUGUACAGGCUGGUGCCAGAAUCCAGGAGUUUCAUGGAAAGCAUAAGCAAUACAGGGGUUGUAUCAGACAACCAAGUGGGUGUUAUGUACCGAUCUGACGUUCAGAGAGAAUCAACACCCUGUCAACGAAAAUUUGGAUCCAUAUGUUCAGUGUCAAGUGGUAGUCCGGGUCCGAAUGUGGAAAGCCCCUUAUCAACUGGACUGCCUUGGGCAGAGAACAACUCCAAGACCCCUCUUUCUCACCAAUCAUCCUUGACUGGUAUGAGCAGAUCCAAUACCCACUACCUUGGAUCAUCAGAAUUUUCAGUUGGCUCUGUCAGUCCUAGCCUUGACUCUCCUGUUUCACCACAGUAUCUAACAUCUCCAGUCACUUCAAAUGGUCACAAUUCGUCCAUUGUUUCUCAGAAUUGCAGGCAGAAUUGUACCACUGCAAAAGCUUGCCUAAGCCACAGUAACAGCCUUACUAUGGGAAACGGAAAACAGUUUGAUGUACAGCAUGGAUCAGCUGUCAUUAGCUUCCCUAUUGGUGCAAACUCUACCUGCGGUGGGCAUACACAAACUUCAGACAUGAUGGACAAUCUGAACCACCAGAAAACUUUGCAUUCAUCAGGUGGGGGACUUAAUCAGCACUCCCCAUCUCUCAGACAUGCAACAAUGAACAUAUUGUCACAGCCCCCUUUACCUGAAAAGAAGCGGAUAUCAGAAGGAGAGCGUUCUUUUUGUUCAAUCUCUCCUUCUUCGAGUGGUUUUUCUAGUCCUCACAGUGGGAGCACCAUGAGCAUUCCAUUCCCAAGUGUUCUUCCAGAUUUUUCCAAAGUCUUAAGCUCCUCACCUGUAACAGAUAUUUUUACAAACAAACCUGUAACUGUAAAGUUUGUUCAGGACACAUCAAAAUUCUGGUAUAAGCCAGAUAUCUCACGAGAUCAAGCUAUUGCAGUAUUAAAAGAUAAGGAGCCAGGUUCAUUCAUUGUUCGUGACAGCCAUUCAUUCCGAGGGGCAUAUGGAUUGGCAGUGAAAGUGGCAACACCUCCUGCAUCUGUUCUCCAGCAAAACAAGAAAGUGGGAGAUUUAUCAAAUGAACUUGUCCGACAUUUCUUGAUUGAGUGCACUCAAAAAGGAGUGAGAUUGAAGGGUUGCCCAAAUGAACCAUAUUUUGGGAGUUUGACAGCUUUGGUUUGCCAACAUUCCAUAACGCCCCUGGCACUGCCUUGCAAGCUCAUCAUUCCAGACAGAGACCCUCUCGAAGAUGCUGUUGAUUCGAUGUCACAGUCUGCAACAAACUCUGCUGCUGAACUUCUUAAGCAAGGAGCAGCUUGCAAUGUCUGGUAUUUGGGUUCUGUGGAAAUGGAGUCAUUAACUGGAUAUCAAGCUGUUCAAAAGGCCACAAGUAUGACUCUCGUUAUGGAUCCUCCCCCUGCUUCCACUGUGGUGCACUUUAAAGUGUCAACUCAAGGAAUAACACUCACAGACAAUCAGAGGAAACUCUUCUUCAGGAGACAUUAUACAGCCAACACUGUUAUAUUCUGUGCCUUGGACCCUGAUGAUAGAAAGUGGACUAAAGAUGGUGGUUUGGCAAAAAUUUUUGGAUUUGUGGCAAGAAAGCAAGGAAGUGCCACUGAUAAUAUAUGCCAUCUUUUUGCCGAGCAUGACCCAGAGCAGCCAGCCAGUGCCAUUGUCAACUUUGUAUCCAAAGUAAUGAUUGGGUCACAGAAAAACAAAUAAAUCUGAUGAACAUACAACUCAGGAUUUUUUGUUUCUUUUUAUUUGUAAAACAAAAGGACAGUUUGUUUUAAAGAAGAUGGCUAACGGCUGAAGAAGAUGGUAUGCGUAAAGUCAGUUAUGGAAAGAGUCUGAGGUACAAGAGACAGAAGAAAGUACGUGGUCUGCAUCAUGUCACUGUACAGAGUGUUCUUUAACUUCACACGGCUGAGACAAAGUUAUGUUUUAUUAAGGUGAAGGGAACCUGGUGAGGUUUACAUUUGUUUCAUGUGUUUGGUUUAUAAAGACAACAGGUUGAUUCAAGAUGAUUAAGGAUUUUUAAAAUAUACUGUAAAUUGUAUUUAUUUUCCAAUAUUUGUAUUAGCCUGCUGCCAGUAAUUAUUAGUAGUAGUUGUUUUUACUAACCAUUUUCAUUUAAACCAACAUUUCCUCCCUCACGGUUACUAAAUGCGAAGGUCAACACUCCAGAACACCUUUUAUUGUCAAAUGCAAUAAUAGUCCAUUCUUUUGACAAAUGUUUUGUUGGAGUUGGAUGGAGCAAAACGGAGUUCGGUCUACUUUUGGAAAUUCUAUGCAACAGUAAUCUGUGACAACAAGUAAAACAAUAGUCUAAGCUGAGGACCAUAUCACCUAUAAUAUUUGCUUAUGUUACUAAAAUAUUGUACCUUGAAUUAAAAAAUAACAAAAACCUAGUUCACAGCGUCAUGUAUGUCUAUGCAGAAAUAUAUUUUCAUAUAAACAAAAACCAAAAAAAUUGUGCAAAGGCAUACUAUGUUAGUGAAAGUAAAGUCUCUAAUUCAGUGAUACGACUUUUACAAUCCUCUGCGUGGCUGAAGGCAAGAUUUUUUUUUUUUUUUUUUUUUUUUAUAUAUAUAUAUAACUGCAAUGAUUUUGCAACAGUAAUGUUGAAUAAAAGGAACAGAUGUUGUAAAACGUAAUAUGCACCUCUCUUAAGCUAGAGAAUGGCUUUGAGCCUCUCAAACUCUUUCUGUCUUUGUGUUGAUUACCUGGGCAUACGAUUCAACAUAUCUGGUAAGGACAUUUGCUGCUAUCGGAAAUGAAGCAACUGUGCGGCUGAAAGUACGCAGUCUUGCUUUGUUACCAGCCAUUGAUUUUGAACAAAUCAUAUGUAAUGAAUAAUAAAAAUAAAUUUUAUUUUAAAGAAUAAAUUACAUUCAGUAGUGAUAGCCUAGGGCCAGUGCAGAUAAUAAUUCUAUCAAAACCUAAUGCUGAAUCAACAGGAACAUAUUGUCUGCCUAAAAAUCCAUUCCCGUUAGGCAAGUAUCAUUUUGUGUCCUGUUAUAGCAGCGCUGCACACCUGCCAUAUAUUUCAACAAAAUAUGAGAAUACAUUUAUUAUAGCUGUGUAGAUAAUUUGAGACAAAACUGAAUGAGACAUGAAAUCAUUUUCAUGCCAAAGAAAGAGUUCUACAGCACUUUCAGCUGUAAUAUAACAGAAAUUUCUACUUAAAUACAGUAUAUUCAUGUUUUAGUAAUCACAGUAUCGUGAUAUAUUUGUAUUGUUAUGAUCUACAGUGUUAAAUAAAAAUGCCACAGAAUAUGUUUAUGAACAUUUUACUUUUAUUUUAAACUGUAUUUUUAAUGUUUAUAAACUGCAUUUUCUUCUAAACA